AUUUUUUCCUAUCAAAUUAAUGUCAUGACUAUUAACCGUGUCCAAAAGCUCUUGUUCUCUGAGUAUUGCGAUUUUGAAGAUAUGGUAUUGAUUGAAAGUCCCUUCGCGCAAACCACUAAGGAAGGACAAGGUUUAAGACAAGUGUAUCUAGGUCUAACCCCAUCGAAACUGGUGCUGGCAACUGACGUUAUACCCCCAGUCGAAAAAUCCUGCACUCAUUUCAACCCUGGCAUCGAUCCAGAUAUUGAAACGUUCGAACUUAUUGCCAUCUACCCGGUGGAAUGCGUUAAUUUAACUGUUUUUUCAAAACAGAAGAGGCAAGCCUUGAAAGCCCAUUUUUGUAACAAUAGUGUACUUUAUUUCGAAUUAGGAGGUUUCGAAAAACGAGAGAUGUUCUGGAAUCUUUGGCAAGAACGCAUAAGAUUUCUCAGUCCCGACAUUGACAACGGCUCCUCAAAGUCCCAGACCUCAGUCGCAUCAUCUUCUACCACCAGCACCCUGUAUCUGGUAGACAGCAGAGAGAUAGUUAAGGCGAACGGCCUGAAGCAAGUGUGGUGCAAAUUCGGAACUGGUAAUAGCCAAUCGAAUCUGCCUCAAAAAUGGUCGGACCGGUUUCUAUAUAUGGGAAAACAUUUUGAGGAUCGAUCUCUGGCCUAUGUUCCUCGCGUUAAAAAGCCAACGCUCAGGGAGUUUGUCCACCAAGCGAAACUGACAAGGAAUAAAACAUCUCCAUGCAACAGCGACAUUGUCCCAAAUUCUUCCAUCUCCCAGAUAAGUCAUUCAAUUAACAGAUUCGGAAAUGGAAUAAAGGAUAACUGCAGUAAUACCCUGAUAAUGCCUAUUGGUUUCGAUGAGAACCAAUUCACGAAGCGGACUUUUUCAUUUCAAGAGUUGAUAGUUAUGGCGGAAAGAUGUAUUGAACAAUGGGAAUCGUAUCCAUCAAUGCCGAAGAUAGUCCAUAAAAGAAGGUAUGGAUUGUGUCCUCAUCCUCAUUUUCUUCAUGGCUUAGGACCUUGGAAAGUACCACCAGGCUGUAAAUAUUCGGUUCAGGUCAAACGGGCCGUGUCCACAGUGACGAUAAAGAGGCAGCCUACAGAAACAGAGCUGAGACUUCCGAUUUCAAGAAGGCAGCUAUUGACAACCAUUUCAUACGACGACUUCAAUACCGAUCGUUUGAUAGACAGAUGGGGGACUAACAGUUUGCCAGUAAUAUUAUUCUGGACACCUUGUUACUGGUACAGACCGAGAACCGCGAAAAACUCAUAUGAUGAGUUACAGGAUCAUCUAUCCAGCAUAAAAGAAUGGCGCGAAAGUAAACAUAGUAGAAGGAAGGCAUUGAAGAAGUUCUUCCGCAAGAAAAAGAUAAAAGUAGAAAGCGAAACAAACUCUGACAUGGAUAUAGAUUCCCUUAACACUGGCAGAAUAAGAGAAAAGGAAUUCCGCUCCAAAAACAAAUAUAGCUUGAUCAAGAAGAUAGGUCUGUGCUGGUGGUUUUCGUUUUUAGAUUCUCUGAAGAAUAGGCGAGAGACACCCCUACAGAGGCUGAAAAAAUCACUCAAGAUGACCGUCAUACUUUCCGCUUGGGACUUCGAUUCCACCACCUUGGCUCAACAGUUGACACUCAUCGAUAAGGAGCUCAUGGUUAGGGUGACUGGAAUUGAGUUAGGAACUAUAAUUUGGCAGCAGUCUUCGAAGAAUACCCCUAAUAUAUCAGCAAUUAUUGCGUUUGCGCACAGGAUCAGCUGCUUAGUGACCACUGAAAUUCUCCGAGAAGAAUCAGAAAAGAUCAGAGCACGUCUGAUAGCAAGAUUCAUCAACGUAGCCGAGAAGUGUCAUCGCAUGUCAAACUAUCAAUCUUGUAAAACAGUGUUGUGUGGAUUACAGAGUUUGGCUGUUUUCAGACUGAGAGUUACUUGGGCCUACGUCAGGAAAAAACACGCAUCAUCUUAUGAAGUAUUCGAGUACCUUUGUAGAUUAUACAGGGAUAUCAGACUUUCUGCAUAUCAAAAAUCUUUCCAUGAAGCGGCUCAAGAACCACCUUACUUACCACAAAUUGCAGACAUCCUGGGAAAGUUACUUGAUCGUAUUCCAGAAUAUAAGUUACAACCAAUGGGAACCAAAGGCAUCACCAGUAAUACAGAUCUGAGCGUAUUCGAACCACUGUAUCCUCUGGAACCGGUAAGCGAAAACAAUAAUUCUACGUUUAUGAACUUCUUCAUGUCCAUGAAAAAUAUGAUUCAGUUAAAGCCGAAUGACGAUGGUGAUGGAGGAAUCUCCAGAAGUUUGAGAAUACCUUUCACAUUCAAGACACUUCACAGCUACUUCAAGCCUCUAGCAUUCUAUGAAGACAAUAAAAUCAGACGCCUGCAAGAGACAACCAAGUUUCUUUACAAUUGUCAACUUGCAGUCUCUAGUUACUCGUUCAAUAGAAAUGAGCUGGCCAAGAAUUACCUACUGAAAGCAAGAUAUAAGGAAGAUAAGGAAAAUUUUUAUAUUUCUCUGAAUAUUGAACCUCCAAUAUUUUAUGAUAAGUUUCCAAAUAAAAAUUACUAAAAAUUGAGAAGUAAGUUUGACA